AUGACCGCUCUGACUCAAGAUACGGGGAAGUUGGACUCGCAAUCAUCAAUUAAAAGAAACAGGCAACCAACUGAAAAUAACUUCAAAUUAUCACAAAUGAAUGGCUCUACAAGCAAUAACAAACAAGAUAUACCAAGCCCAGAUCAGGAUCAGCUAUUAAGCUUGACGUCUAAACACAACGAGAGUUGGCAGCUAGCUAUGGCGAAACAACUUGAGGAUGAAGAAAAUUUCUCACCAUUUCCAUGUGAAGACGACGACAAUCUGACCGACCCGAACCCCAUUUUAAACUAUAACAUGUCAGAAGCUCUUGAACUGGUACCGAACCAGGCGGGUGAAACGAUCCAGGAGGUGCCGAAUGCAAAAGUACAUCACACCAACUUGUCGAGCUUGCAGCAAAUUGAUCCAUCAAAACGACCAAGAAGGAGAAUCAUUUGUCCUCCACCAUCGUUUUUGCAUCCCGAUGAAAUUGAUUAUAUACGUGACAAAAUCACUCGCGUUAUCGAGGAAAAGGGAGUAGGCCAAUUGCCAAAAGAUUUCAACUUGUUUGACUCCGAGAACAAUAGUAUUCACCUUCAAUGUGAUGAUGAUGAUUUGAGUAAAUCACUGGGUCGGGCUGAUAAUUGUCAGCUUAACCGCACAUCCAUCGAGAUUAAAUUCAGCCAAAUGCCAGAAUGCGAGAUCCAUGGUGAAGAAGAUUGCGAUUGUCCUAUAUUUGAUGAAACUUGUACAUCUUCUCGUCUAUCAUCCAAGGGUUCGAGCGACUUGAGGUACGCAGAUUGCGAAGACGGCAAGUGCGGUCCUUCGUGUGAACUUACAUUUGAGUAUGAUAGUAGUGGAAGACUUGUUCCAACGGGUACCAAUAUUGAAGAAAAAUUGAAGCUGAUUACCAACGAAGCAAGUAAAUUGAAACAACUCAAGGAUGAAUUAAACUCGAUAAUUUGUGAAUCGAGUGAAUCUCAGGCUCUAGUGCCCACAAACAAACUACAAAAUCGUCAGCAGCCACCUUCAUCUAGCUCAUCCAAGUCAUCAUCAAAACGCAAGAUUAGUGCAGACAAGAAACCCAAACGAGUAAUUACCGAUCCACUAGAUGACCUAAAGAUAUUGGUAAAAGAUCGACCUCAAGCUAAAUUGGAAAAGUGUGCAAUACGUAAUCGUCGGUCAACAACGCCACAAAACUAUUACGGAUUAAUACCCAAUGAUAGCUGUUGUUUGUCAUGUCAGUACGAGGCUGUAUUUGGUACGAAACCUCGAUACCUCGUUGCCAAAAACGCCAGCUAA